AUGAGAGCAGAUUUGAUUACAAUACAGCAAACGCUGACGCCAGAAGCAGCGACUGUUCUCAACCAGUCAAUCGCCGAGGCAACACGUCGCAACCAUGGCCACACAACACCCCUCCACGUGGCGGCCACUCUCUUAUCAUCACCCUCUGGCUUUCUCCGACAAGCGUGCAUCAAAUCCCACCCGAACUCCUCUCACCCUCUCCAGUGCCGAGCUCUCGAGCUCUGUUUCAGCGUCGCCCUAGAACGUCUCCCUACUACUACAAUCACCACUUCUCCACACGAGCCGCCUCCGCCGCUGCUCUCAAACGCUUUGACCGCGGCUUUAAAACGCGCUCAAGCUCAUCAGCGACGCGGUUGUCCUGAGCAGCAGCAGCAACCGCUUUUAGCGGUUAAAGUCGAGCUCGAACAGCUUAUCAUAUCGAUUCUUGAUGAUCCGAGCGUUAGCCGGGUCAUGCGCGAGGCUAGCUUCUCUAGCCCCGCGGUGAAAAACGCGAUCGAACAGUCGCGUUUUGGUAAUUCAAGAAGAACCGGAAUCGUUAACCAAUCUGCAAUUGGAUUCGGUUAUCGAUCCGUACCGGUUCCGGUUAGCCGGAAUCCUUACCUUAAUCCCCGGUUUCAGCAAACCGGUUACUUAGGAGAGAGCACAACAGAAGAAGCUAAACGGGUCGUGGAGAUAAUGAACCGGACCCGGAAGAGAAACCCGGUUCUCGUCGGCGAUACAGAGCCUCAAGUUCUCGUGAAAGAGAUUCUCGGGAUGUUAGAGAACCGGAACUUUAAGGUGAUCCGGUUAGAUAAGGAGUUAGCUUCUUCAACUCGGUUUUGUGAAAUCUCCGGUUUAGUGGAAAACCGGUUAAGAAACUCGGAGUUAACCGGUGGUGUGGUUCUUGAUCUAGGAGAUUUGAAAUGGUUAGCGGUUAACGGUGGCGGAGGAGGAGCUGUGACGGAGAUGAGGAAGCUUUUGGAGAGAUACAGAGGAAGGUUAAGUUUUAUCGGUACUGCCACGUGUGAGACUUAUCUACGUUGUCAGGUUUAUUACCCUUCGAUGGAGAAUGAUUGUGAUCUUCAAGCGAUUCCCAUCGCCGCUAAAUCUCCUCUUCCGACAAUGUUUCAAAGGUUUGGGAGCAGUAACAUAAUCUCAACUGAAUCGAUAUCUCCGACAAGAAGUUAUCAGAUUCCGACAGGAAAAAUGAACUGCUGCUCUCAGUGUUUACAGAGUUACGAAAACGACCUCGUAAAACUGGAAAAAUCGUUAACCGGAAAUAACCGGCCGGUCUUGCCGCCGUGGCUGCAGAACGCUAAAGCCGAUGACGUAGGUGACAAGAAACUUACGAAAGAUCAAGAGAUUGUGGAGUUACAGAAGAAAUGGAACGACUUAUGUUUACGUUUACAUCCAAAACCAAACUCAAAAUCAGACAUAACUCCACCAGGUAGUCCGGUCGGUACAGAUUUGGUACUUGGACGGUCCAACAGAGUUGUAUCCAUAUCCUCACCAGACCACAAGACUCGAGAUGAUUCGUUCGAUAUAAAUCUAUUCAAGAAGCUACUAAAGGGCUUAGCUAAAAGCGUUUGGUGGCAACACGACGCCGCGUCUUCAAUAGCAUCAGCGAUUACAGAACGCAAACACGGAAACGCGAAGUCAAAGGGAGAUAUUUGGUUGAUGUUCACCGGUUCAGACCGUACCGGGAAGACCAAAAUGGCGUCUGCGUUAUCAGAUCUUGUCUCUGGAAGCAAACCGAUAACCAUCAGCCUUGGCUCUAGCUCUAGAACGGAGGAAGACGGUUUAAGCCUUCGUGGUAAAACGGCGUUGGAUAGAUUAGCGGAAACGGUUAGGAGAAACCCGUUUGCGGUUAUUGUAAUGGAAGAUGUAGAUGAAGCUGAUGUGUUGGUACGUAACAACGUGAAGCUAGCGAUGGAACGUGGGAGGAUAUCUGAUUCGUAUGGACGAGAGGUUAGUCUUGGAAACGUUAUUAUAAUUCUUACAACGAACUCAUCGCUAGGUUUAGCUGAAAACGUUGCUCCUAUCGAUGAGGCAAGACUAGAGAGUCUUGUCAGCAAAGGAUGGAGAUUGAGACUAUCUGUAUGCAAAAACCGAAAACGAAAACCGAAUUGGCUUUAUAGUGAACAAGAAAAGAUGAGGAAGGAGAUAUGUUUUGAUUUGAACGAAGAAGCGGCCGAGUUUGAUUCGUCUAGUGAUGUAACGGUGGAGAAUGAUCAAGAAGAUAGUAGUAGCUUUGUUCACACGCUAGUGGCUUUAGCUGACGACGCUAUAGUCUUUAGACCUGUUGAUUUUGGUUUGAUCAAGAGAAAGACUGUAGAGUCUUUGAAGAAACGUUUGUCUAAUGGAUUAACGGUUGAGAUUGAAGAGGAUGCUCUGGAGAGAAUAGCGGGUGCGGUUUGGCUCAGCAAGAUUAGCUUAGAGGAGUGGCUAGAGGAAGCAAUGGGUUCGAGUUUGAAUAGUGUUAAGUCUCGGGUAUAUUCUUUGGAAGAUUCUGUGGUUAGGAUUGAGCUUGAAGAUGAUGUGAGUGAUCGAGUGUCUGGAGGUUAUCUUCCGAGUAGUGUAAGAACGGUGGUCGUUUGAGUUUCUUUUUUGUUGUGCCGGUGAGGGGUAGAUUCGUAAUUAUGGGAAUUGGUAAGGGGGGAAAGAUGUACAUAUGAUUAUCUUUUAACCGUCUUUGGCGGGGAGAGGAAAAGUUCGGUAAUAUAUCAAACGGUAAAAAAAAGAAUUAAAGAAAAAGGUUAAUGUUUCUGUUAUAGAAAAUCAACGGCUGAGAACUUCACAGGGUAUAUAAUCUUAUAUAAUAUAAUCGACAUUUCCACACAAAGAAAAACAAAUAAUGAAAUUAACUAAAUAAAUAGGGACAUAGUGGAUUUUUAUUUAUUCAUUCAAGGUUACAUUUGAUUAUUCUUUCGUAUGUUUCUGCUUGGAGUUUAAUGGAAUAUAUUAUAAUCUCUUAGCAGAUCGAAUUUUAGAAAUUAUACUGUACUAUAGUAUUAUGUAUAUACAGAGGACAUUGAUUUCAGCAGAAAGUUGUACUUUUUAAUAUUAGGU